AAAUAUUUUUGUGUUUUAACAGAUGAGUCGUACAUUCAGCUGAAGAUUGUCGUGACAAUAAAGAGAAAUACAUCACUCAUCAAAUAUCUGACUGACAUGUUUAUUUUCCCAAUGCUCGUGAUAACCAUUCUUAUACCGUUCCAAUAUCUACUACCAAGUAAAUCAUCAUCAAGAUCAACAUUUGGUCUAUUGUUGCUGUUUGGACAAAUGUUGUCUCUAUAUGCACAGUGCCUUCAUCUUCCAUUAUAUUCCACGUUGCCUGUUACAGGAAUAAUAAACCUAGUAUGUAUUGCUCAUGCCAUAUGUGCUAUUAUUGUUUCCAUCGUUACAUCACAGAUUUAUACAAACAAUGGUGAUUUGUCUCCUCUUCUACAGACAUGUUGCAUGGCAAAAGUUCAACAUGAACAUAAUCAUAAAAUGGAAUUAGCAAAGUUGAAAAAUGAUGAUAUAGACACGGAGGUCCUUUAUGAUUCAGCGGAUUAUAAUGGAGCUACCAAUAGACUAAGUAGAAGAAAAAACCAAAUAAACGAUGUCAAAAUUGGUGCUACCGACAUUUUAAAAGAAUUGAAAGUGAAACAUUCAUUGACAUUUUUGGACAAAGUGCUCUUUUUGGUGUUUCUAGUGAUUUCAGUGAUAAUUGGGAUAUCUUUACUAGUUGUUUAGUUAUUCUAACAAAUAUAAUGCGUGUUAUUUAAAUAGAUAAUCAUUAUAUAAUUGUUGAGAAUAUGCAUGCUUUACGAAACCAUGUUAAUGCGAUAAUAACAUUCUCGAGUAACCUUUUUUACUUCGUUAUAAAGAAGGCAUAAAAAUGGUGAAAGUAAGCCAUAUUUGACUAUUUUUCUACGCUAAUUGACAACAAUCACGUACGUGUGUAUUUUGUUACAGUUCAAUGAAAUCGAGCCUGCAACAUUUUCAUUUUUGUUGUUUUUGGCGUUCUUUAUUCUUUGUUACUGUGAACAUUAAAAGUGGAAUAUUAAUUUUGUAUAAUACUGUAAGUAUUUGAUAGAAUCAACGUGUUCAAUAACACCACUAUCAUACCAUGUCAUUGAGCAUCCGAUUUUAUUAUUUUUAUUUGUUGUUAGUUUGUGCUAUUUGAACUAAGUGCUUAUAAUGUGUUGUAAUUUUUGACAACUGAUUGUGUGCUUGAAAAACGUCUCACUCGGACAUUGUCAUAUAAAUACAAAAACAUUUAUUAGUU